AUGACAACAACACCAACUUCCCGGCGGCCGCUCUUCGUGUCUACGCCGCUUAACGCCAUCGCACAACCGGCAACACCUAGCCCACAAUCCCCGAAUGUGCCUUUAUUCUCCCUCCAACCCUCGAAAAAACGAGAGUUAUCCACCUCCAAAAAGGUCAUGCGACGGUUUCGCUCCGUUUUCCGAUCCUUCCCGAUCAUCGUCCCAACAUGCAAGAUUCCCGUCUCACUCAACGGGACCCGCCUCCACGAGGGCCACAUUCACGGGACCCGCAUAACUGGAACCAUCUUCGGGUACCGGAAAGCUAGAGUUAACCUAGUUAUCCAAGAAAACCCAAGAGUCCUCCCCCUCCUCGUCCUCGAGCUAGCGAUUCCGACCGGAAAGUUCCUGCAGGAUAUGGGAUCCGGGAUGGUUAGGAUAGCCCUCGAGACUGAAAAGAAGCAGAACGACAAGACGAAGAUCAUCGACGAGCCGAUAUGGACGAUGUAUUGCAAUGGAAGAAAAUCAGGGUAUGGGGUGAAGAGGGAGCCGACUGAGGAGGAUUUAGGGUUCAUGCAAACGCUGCAUGCGGUGUCAAUGGGGGCCGGCGUUUUGCCGACGGAUGGAAACGAGCAUCCAGAUGGGGAAUUGGCGUACAUGAGGGCGCAAUUUGAGCGAGUGGUUGGGUCGAAAGAUUCGGAGACUUAUUAUAUGCAAUGUCCAGAUGGGAAUAUUUCUGGGCCGGAAUUAAGCAUUUUCUUUGUAAGGAUUUGA